UUUCUUCUAGCUCCGCCCGGCCGCGUGUACCUCGAUCCGGCCGCGUGUACCAGAUCCGCAUCUUUUUUAUGCUUUGCCGGUCCCGCCUCUCCGGUCAACCACUCCCGACUUCUACUUUUCCGUCUCACCUCUUUUAAUAUUUUGUCUCGCCUCACGUUUUGCUGGUUCGGCCGACGGCAUCGGACACAAAACCAAGGAAUCAGAGACAAGCUUGACGCCGCUGUCUUGUGCUUCCGAACCUAUACCGGAGCUGGUCACCAACAUCGUCCUAGCUUCCAAACACCCCCCCUUAAUACUAUUACAAUUAGCUAUUGCGUCUCUGACGUUCAUCCCGCAAGAUGAGCGCUCAGAGCAAAAAGAACAUCAAAUGGGUCGAGGGCCUCCGUGGCAUCACCUCCGCCCUCGUUAUCUCGACACAUCUUGCCCGAGCCCUGGACUUCCCACUCUUCUGGCCUGCCGAUGUUAAGGACGGCACCCCGAGGUGGCUACAAGUUCCAUACCUCCGAAUCCCCUGGCAGGGCCGUCUCGGCGUUCCCAUCUUCGCCUUCCUCACCGGCUUCGUCUGCGCCGCCAAGCCCUUGAAGCUCGCAUACCAACAAGGGAACCACUCGGCUUCCCUCAAGACCGUCGCCCGAUCCGCCUUCCGACGACCCCCCAGGCUGAUGCUCCCGGCCGUCAUCGCCACCCUCAUCAGCUUCGUGCUCUCCAUCUUGGGCGCCUACACGGCCUCCAACCGUUGCGACAGCUUUUGGGUCCGCUUCGACGCCCCCGAUCCCGUACCUCUCGGCGAGAACUUUCGCAGGCUGUUUAGAGCCCUGCUUGAUACUUGGACCACCACCGAGAAUGUUUACGACAGACAUCAGUGGGCUAUGCGCCCCUUGCUGAUUGGAGCCUUCCAGGUCUACAUUGUCCUCGCCGCCACCAUUGGCAUGCGCUUCCGCUACCGCAUCCUCGUUCACGUCCUCUUGGUCGCCUACUGGUUGUUGAACACCGGACCCUUGACUGAAACCUUCGGCGCCAACCUCGCCCUCGGCACCCUUCUCGCCGAGCUCUCCCAGCACCGUCCCACCCAAAACUUUAUCGCCAAGUACCAGCGCAUCCUCUCCUACGUCAUCGUGCCCAUUCUCCUCCUCAUCGGCGGCUACGUCGGUUCCUAUCCGCACGAGCACGAGGACUGGGCGCCCUGGUCUCUGCGCCUCCACAAGUUCCUCGUCGAUCCUGCCGGUGACGGCUCUCGCGGCUCGUUCAUUGUUCCUAAGGGGUCCAAUGCCGGUCGUCGCGCCAGCGCGUUCAUGAUUCAAUGCGUCGCCGUCUCCAUCUUCUUGUCUCCUAGCUUGCAGAACCUCCUCUCGCACCGCUUGCUCCUCUGGCUCGGCCACCACUCCUUCGCCGUCUACCUCACCCACGGCACCAUUCUUAGGACCUUGGGCAUGUGGAUCGUCUACGGUAUCUCCGGCCAGCCUUGGGAGGAUCCGGGAAAGAACGAGGAUGGCUCGCCCAAGGAACCCAACUGGUUGCACCCCAAGUCCAGGGGCCACAAGAUGGCGAGUAUUGUCAUUUUCACGACCGCCACGUACAUUGCUGCGUGGGCGUGGAUGAAGUGGGUUGAUACCGCGUGCGCCAGGGCGACGCAGUGGUUGGAGAAGAAGGUGUUUGAUGAUGAUGAGGGGACCGAGGGAGGCAAGGCCGGUCUGGCGGAGAAGGGAUAUGCGAACGGAGGAGCGAGUAGGGAGCAUGCGCAGCCUUUGUUGAAUGGCGGAGAGGCGAGGGUGCCUCCUCCCUAAGUCAUUGAGGAUAUGGUUCGAAUUUUAGAUGAGGAUGCAUUCGUCUGCAAAGCGGGAGGAUGUCGAAGGCAUAUUCUGGAUAUUGUACAGCAUUGAUGC